AUGGCGACCUUGCCAGGAUCAGACAACGAGUUGCCACAAAGGUCUAAUACACGUGAUUAUGUGAUGGAGGCAGAGAAGAUCGGCAUCGAGGGGGAAGCCUUCCUGCACUAUAUACAAGAACAGGAGAGAAUUCGACGAGAAGAGCUGGAACGGUACUAUGAAGACAGGGAGCGACAAAGGAAGGAGCGUGUGCGGGAGCGGAAGGAUCGGCGGCGACGCGAAGCGGAAGAACAGAAAUCAGAGAGACGAGAUCAAGGCCCCAUCCUGCCUAGUGUAUACUCUGCUAGAGGUCCUCACCUCCCCUUUCCCCAGUUUGUCGACGGUCGGGACAGCAUUGACUCGUUCGUGCGGAGAUUCGAAAACUGGGCAACACAGGUAGAACUUCCCCACCGACACUGGUCUGCCCAUCUGGGGAAUACACUCUCAGGUGCAGCCCUGGAUGUUUUCACGCACUUGCCCCCCAGCAGCCAGCUCGAUUACGACGUGCUAAAAAAGGCACUACUGGCCCGGUACAACCUUACAGAAGAAGGCUACCGGAAGAAGUUCCGGGAGAGUGACCAGGCAGCACAGAAAGACACACCACUUCAAUUUAUGUGUAAGCUCGAGGACUGCUUCGACAGGUGGGUCCUACAAUCAGGAGUGACCCGCGACUACGAAGGAUUAAAGUGGUUAAUGGUCAAGGAACAGUUCCUGAAUAAAUGCAGCAAAGAGCUGGCAAUGUUUGUGCGUGAGCGGGCGCCGAAAAAUAGCAGUGAGCUCGUCGACCAUGUUAGUCUGUACAUGGAGGCACGGGGCUUGUCGACGAUUGGCAGCACAAACCAGGGAUCAUCGUCCGGUCCAUUAGCCUCCAAGAAUCGGGUCGAUGAUCGCGCCACGCCCAAGGCCGGAGGAGAUCGGCGACCGACCACAGGACCUGCGCCUCCCAGAUGCUUUCGAUGCAACCGCAUCGGACACAGAGCCACAGGGUGCCCUCUGACACAGCAAAGGAGUGGCACGGACCGUCCGCAACCACCAGAAGAUGACGGAUUACCGGACCUCCAACGGCACACAGUAUAUCCCAAGAGUGACUUGGGCAUCAGGAACUUUCCCACCACCUUGUACGCAGGAGUCGGAGCCACCACUGCCAACGGCAGACUAAACCUGGCGGAGGGCAAAGUCGGGGGAAGGAGAGUCAACGUCCUUCGCGAUACCGGCUGUACAACGGUGAUCGUGAAGGCAAAAUACGUAAAGGACAGCGAGUAUACAGGGAGGCCUGUCCAGAUAAAGCUGUUGGACAACACGGUCAGGAGGGCAUGGCCGGUGCGGAUAUGGGUCGACACCCCAUACCUGCAGGGGCAGGUGGACGGUUUAUGCAUGCCGAACCUCAUUGCUGACCUCAUCAUUGGGGAAAUUCCUGGUGCAGGGCCCCCGAAGCAGACCAAACGGCUGGCAGGCGCAGCAACAACCAGGGCAGCCACGAGAAGACAGCAGGAGACACUAAAGACCCCGGCCGGCUCGCCAUGCACAUCCUUGAACAAGGCCCAAUUGGUCGAGCAGCAACAUCUCGACACCACUUUGGACAAGUUCAGAGGGCUCACGGAAGUCCGAGGUAGAGGACGACGUGAGAUAUGGUAUGAAAUAAUCGACGACGUCCUCUAUCGGGUUGCAAGCCAUCCGAGAGGAAAACAUGAGCAUCCACUUCGCCAGGUCGUUGUUCCCACGCCACUGAGAAGUCAGGUGAUGGAUGUGGCUCACUGCUCUCUUAUGGGAGGUCAUCUGGGCACCAGAAAGACGAAGGACAGGGUCCUCAGCAAUUUCUUCUGGCCUGGUUGUGCAUCUGAUGUCAGACGCUUCUGCCAAUCAUGUGACGUGUGCCAAAGGACGGUGAAACGGGGCUCCGUACCCAAGGUUCCUCUACAGAAAACGCCCUUGAUCGACACUCCCUUCAAGCGGGUUGCAGUGGACCUCGUUGGUCCCAUAAAGCCAGCGUCCAGUGAAGGCCACCGGUACAUCCUCACGCUGGUAGACUACGCAACCAGGUACCCUGAGGCAGUCCCCCUGAAAAGGAUCACGACUGAGGUUGUGGCAGAGGCUCUCAUGGAAAUCUACAGCCGGCUGGGCAUACCAGAGGAAAUUAUCCAUGAUCAGGGAACCCAAUUCAUGUCCGACUGCAUGCACGAGGUGAGCCGUCUGCUUAGCUUGAAGCAGCUGCCAACGACCCCUUACCAUCCCAUGAGCAAUGGCCUGGUCGAGAAAUUCAACGGCACCCUCAAAGCUAUGUUGCGUCGUCUAUGCGCGGAGCAGCCCCGCCAGUGGCACCGAUAUCUAAGCCCCCUUCUGUUUGCCUAUCGUGAAGUACCCCAUUCCUCCACUGGUUUCGCCCCAUUUGAACUUUUAUAUGGGCGUGAGGUCCGGGGUCCUAUGGGGAUCCUGCGGGAGUUAUGGACAGGUGAAAGACUCGCCCCGCAGGUGCAAACAAGUUAUCAGUAUGUGUUCGACCUCCGCAAAAGGCUUGAGGAGACCAUGGCUCUGGCAAGAGAGAACUUGGAAGGAGCCCAGAGCCAGUACAAGAAACACUACGACCGCAAGACGAAGGCAAGAUCGUUCAAGGUAGGCGAUGAGGUGUUGGUCCUGCUGCCGGCCACCCACAAUAAACUGCUGAUGCAGUGGAAGGGGCCCCUGACUGUGGAAGCUCGCCGGGGCAACGUGUACCAGUUAAGAGUUGGCGGCAAACUGAAGACCUUUCAUGCCAACCUCCUGAAACGCUACGUCAGACGCACAGACUGUGCAGGUCACCAACAACUGGCGAUCACGAGUGAUGACCCCAACACAGACUCCCCCUCAGCUCAUAAUGUUGAGAAUGCUGCCGCCGCAGUGAUUGAAUGGGAGGAGAACACCAGUGAGAGCGCCAUCUCGGAAGACCUCCUAGAGGACCUCGAUCGGAGAGACUCUCGCUCGCAAGGCCAAGUUAAGGUGGGACAGCAGUUAUCCUCCAUUCAGCGCGCUGAACUAGAGAACUUAGCUGAACAGUAUCAGGAUAUAUUUUCCGGGCUUCCGGGAGUAACUGACCUCAUCACCCAUCAUAUCCAAACAAGCGACGAGAUACCUGUUCGAGCAAGACCAUACCCUGUCCCGUAUAAACUCAGGGAAGCCCUGCAAACCGAGGUGCAGGAGAUGUUGGACACAGGAAUCAUCCGAGAAUCCCGUUCACCAUAUGCAUCACCAGUUGUGGUGGUGAAGAAAAGAGAUGGAACAUAUCGGGUGUGUGUAGACUACCGCCAGCUCAACAAAAAGGUUCAGUUCGAUCCUAUGCCGAUGAGCACCGCAGAGGACCUACUGCACAAGCUGGGUGGGGCGAAAUAUUUCUCCAAGAUCGACCUCAGCAAAGGAUACUGGCAAAUACCGGUGGCCGAGGAAGACAUCCACAAGACAGCUUUUGUGACACCAGACGGACAGUACGAGUUCCUGCGGAUGCCAUUUGGGAUGGUGAACGCCGGAGCAACCCUCGUGCGGGCCAUCAAGAUCCUUCUGAAAGGAAUGAGUGGAGUUGAGAGUUACAUUGAUGAUAUUAUCGUCCAUUCAGCCACUUGGGAGCAACAUCUUCAGCUUCUGGAGGAGCUUUUUAGUAGGAUCAGUGCAGCCGGGAUGACAGCCAGGCCGUCUAAAUGCACUCUGGCAACCGACAGGGUGGAGUUCAUUGGGCAUGUGCUUUCUAACGGAUCCAUGGGAUUAUUAGAAGAUAAUCUGGUGAAGAUUAGGCAAGCGCCGCGCCCCAAAACCAAGAAAGAAGUGCGGGCAUUUCUUGGCUUGACGGGAUACUACAGGCAGUAUAUUGCCAACUAUGCCAGCAUUGCUGCCCCCCUUACUGAUUUAACCAAGAGGGGGCAGCCGAAUAAAGUACAAUGGGAUGAUCCUCAAGAAGCAGCAUAUUCCUCUCUCAAGUCGCUCCUGACCAAUCAGCCCAUUCUGAGACUCCCCGAUCACUCUCGUCCAUACAUCCUACGCACCGAUGCAUCAGAUACGGGCAUAGGCGCUGUCUUGCUGCAGGAGUGGGAUGGCGAAUUGUUCCCUGUAAGCUAUGCCAGCAAGAAGUUAUCUAGCUCUGAGAGGAGGUACUCGACCAUGGAAAAAGAAUGUCUGGCUGUCGUCUGGGCCGUGAAGAAAUUCAGUAACUACGUCUACAAUACACGGUUCAUAUUACAGACAGACCAUCAACCCCUGGCCUACCUAGGAAGGACGAAAUAUGUGAAUGCAAGGAUCAUGCGAUGGGCCAUGUACCUGCAGAACUUUCGGAUCCAAGUGCGAUCAAUCAAAGGAAGUGAAAACAUCGGGGCUGAUUUCCUUAGCAGAGCACACUCGCCGGAGGAGAUCGACAGUGCACCAGGCUAG